AUGUCUCUAUAUCCUAGUCUUGAAGCUCUGACGAUUGGGAAGGAGGUGGAUGCUCAAAAUAAACUGGCUACUGCUCUGAUGUCUACUCCAGCGGCGUCCAACCCCGCUGGUGGUGGUGUAAACUAUGCUGCUUUGGCUAACGAAUUUUUGGGUCUUGACCUUUCCUUGGUUACAUACGAUGAGUAUGGUAACGCCUGUUAUGGUGGGCAACCUAACGCGGGCGCGGUGUCUAUUCACCCAGGUACUGCUGUUGCUUUUCCGAAUUCAAACGCCAUCACAAAUGUGGAUCCUGUUCACGUGUCACAGGGGGUUCGCGAAGUAACCGUGCGAAAGGGCAAGGAAGGCCUUGUGGGUCUUCAGUUGCGCGAUCAAGACCGUGGGGUGUUCGUAACCUACGUUGAGUCUGAUUCUCCAGCCGCGCAGGCUGGUCUUCGCUUCGGGGAUCAAGUCUUGAGGAUUAAUGCUCAAUAUACUGCUGGCAUGACUGGAAAAGAUGCAAUGAAUUUUAUUAAGAGAUCGUGUGGACCAACAGUUGAUAUUGUCAUACGUGAUCGCCCUCUUGAGCGCGUCGUUACUCUGGCAAAAGACAGUCUCGGAAGCUUGGGAAUUCUGAUCAAAAAUGGAGCAGUUGAAGCCAUUGUUAAGGAUUCAAGUGCUGCUAGGAAUGGCGUGCUAAUUAAUAGUCAGUUGGUGGAGGUUAAUGGAGUCAACGUACUCGGUUUAUCCGAUAGGAAAAUUCGUGAGCUGAUUAAAAUCUCUCCUCAGAAUGUCAAGCUGACACUUAUUCCCGGAUUUUACUAUCAACACCUUUCGAAAAAGCUCGGAAGGGGGUUAAUGAAGAAUAUGGACCGUUCCGAGCCAGUGGCAUGA